UUGUGGCAUGUGUCAAAUUUGUUUGUAUCGUAAUUUUUGACUACGAAUAGCUGACUGGAUAUUUUUAUUUCUUAUUUUGUUCGUAAUUUUGUUCAUAGAAACUCCUCGAAAUCACAGUCACAACAAACAAUACAUUCUUUUUCACAUGACUCGCAAAACCUGACCAUGUCGUUAUUAGACUUUACAAAAAUAUGUCGAUUAUGUCUCGAGCCAAACAAACAAACAUACGAUAUUUACACCAGUUAUUGUGUAAAAAGCAACACUACUUACCAUGAUAUGCUAACAAAUUGCACUAAAUUAAAGCCGCAAAAAGAGGAUGGUCUACCUCGUUUAAUUUGUAAGGAAUGUUGUCGGCAGCUCAAGCGUACGUACAGUUUUAACGUACAAUGUGAUGAGAGUGAUAAAAAGCUAAAAUUAUUACUAGGAAACUUGUCAGAAGAAAGCAAACAAAAUGGAUGUUUGGAUGCAACUGUGAAACAUGAAGAUGAUGGGGAAAUAAAAGCCGAAGGUGUUGAUGGGGAAUUAUUGACGACGCUAGAUGAUAAUGUUCAGGGAGAUCUGUUGCCAGCACUUGAUGAUAAUGGCCAAGAAGAACUUAAGGGUAUUAAGCUCGAGCCAUUAUUGAAUGAUGAUGGAAGCAACAGCUCUUGGGAUGUUGAAGAUAAUGAUGUGUUAUUGGAACAUAGAAAAUCGAAGAAAAAAGAAACAAAAUCUCUUGAAGAGAAACCAAAAAAGAAAAGAGGUAGAAAGAAAAAAGUAUAUUUAGAAAACGAAGUCCGCCGCAUACCAGAGAGUAAGCUGCCGCAUCAGUGUGACAUCUGUGGGAAGGUGCUGAGUACUAAGAGUAAUCUGAAAGCACAUAAAGUGUGCCAUUCAGAUCUCAGGCCGUUUCAGUGUACCGAAUGUCCGGCUACUUUUAGAGGUCACAGUGCGUUAUUUCAACAUAAGAAAAUACACUCGGGUGAAACUCCUUACCACUGUGAGUAUUGUCCAAAGCAGUUUAGUAGACGCACGGGACUCGUCAAUCAUGUACGAAUGCAUAAAGGAGACAAGAGGUACAGUUGUGAUGUAUGUUUCAAAACGUUCGUGCAGAGCGCUCAGCUGUCCAUUCAUUUACGGAGACAUAAAGGAGACAAACCCUUUUUGUGCCAAGUCUGUGGGAAAGGAUUUCCAAUAAGGGCAGAAUUGAAAGUUCACCAAAGGACACACAACGGCGAAAAGCCAUACUCUUGUCAUCUCUGUACGAAGACUUUCGCGACAUCUGGCAACUUAUCCAUACACGUUAGGAUACAUAAUAAGGAAAUAAGAUAUAACUGCAAAGAAUGUGAACGAGGCUUCGUAACAUGUAGCGCUUACAACGUCCACUUAAAGAGACAUAAAGGCCAGAGAGACUACCACUGUGAAUGUGGCAAGACUUUCUUCACGUCAUCAGCAUUAAAACAACACAAAGUAGUCCACACAGGAGAAAAAAAAUACCAAUGCAAAAUAUGUGACAGAAAGUUCACACAAACUAGUCAUUUAGGUCGGCAUUUUAGACGAGACCACGCUAAACCGAACGCGCCCUUACCUUCUUCGGAAACUUACAAAAUAGUGUUGCCAGAUAAUAAUGUGUUUACUCUAAUAGAUAGUACGAUACAGAAAAUUUCGCAGAAUGUUAAUAGCGAUGUGAAGUGUGAAGGCUCGUAGCGAAGGUUUGAUAUUUGUUUGAACGUAAAACUACCUCAGUAAUGUAAUUUAUUGGUUUUACGGAGUAGAAGAUUUAUUUCGUCGCAAAUAUGUAAUAUACCUAAUUGAGAUUUUUCGGCAAUGUCACUUCCUGUCCACUGCCGAACAAAGCCUCGUGGUAGGAUGUCUUACUAAUACAACUUGAUAGUUGUAAAGUACAGAAUUAUUUUAAAGUUACAUACUUUGGCAGCCUGUAAUAAUCAAAGCUAGGUCAUCAUAAAUUAGAAUGUUCAAUAUUACACCAAUCACAUCAUUUACGUAUAUCACAACAAAUCUGGCGAAUCUGAUUCGUUUUGACAAAUGGAAUAUUUUUUUAUAGAAAUAAUGAAAAAGAAACUUCUUACAGUGACAAAAUAUAGGAAUAACUUAAAAUAUAUAUCAUAAGUAUCGGAAUGUUUUAGCUUGCUAUUAACGAAUUGACGAUUUAUAAAUAAAAUGAUCAAUAUAGUAGAGCGUUGUUAUUAUUUAAUAAAAUAAUAAAAAAUAUUUUCUUGUGGAAUUGAGUGAAUAUUUAUGAUUAUAUAAUCAGUUGUGACAAUUGAUUAUAUAAUCAUAAAUAAAAGUACAUCUGUAGGAUGCAUCAAAUUCAGUUAAUUUUGUAAGUUGGUAUUUAUUAUAUUAGUGUAAGUAUGCAUUAAGUUGAUUUUUUAUUGCGAAUUCAUUAAGUAUGUAA